CUGGGCCGCGGUAGGUACGCAAACUGGCUGUGGGCAGAGGAGCUGAGAGCUUCUGAGAGGGUGCAACUUCCCGAAGCUUUCGGAGCUUUUAGACGGCUGCUUCUUCUCGGCGUGUGCAGACAGCCUGGGUGUUUGGAGGCUGAUGGUACUUGUGUGAGAAGAGGAGAGGAAAUGCGACUGCAUUGAACUUGAGUUGUAUUCUUACUGCCUGGGCUUACUCUGGGGUGGAUCCCGGGUCUCUCGGACCCCAACUCUUGUCGCCCGGAAAGCUUAGAAAAAAGAGGCCACACUAGCCAUUUUGACUAUUAAAAAAAAAAAAAAAGCAUUAAUAAAUGCUGAAAUGUCAGACUCUUCACCAUUCAGAAUGCAAUUGGUGCACUUGGACCUUAAAGGAGCUCCUCCCAAGGUCUCAUACCUGGCAGAGAUCUUCCCUCUCUUCCAUGCCCUUGGUGCCAAUGGAAUCCUUAUCGAGUAUGAAGACAUGUUUCCCUAUGAGGGCCCUCUACAGCUUCUAAGAGCCAGGCAUGCCUACAGUCCCUCUGAGAUCAAAGAAAUUCUUCAUCAGGCUAAGUUACAUGAGUUGGAGAUUAUUCCCUUGGUGCAGACAUUUGGACAUAUGGAAUUUGUUCUGAAACAUGAGCAAUUUUCUCACCUCCGGGAAGUGGAGUUGUUUCCAAAUGCCUUGAACCCCCACAAAGAGGAAUCCCUGGCAUUAGUGGGUACAAUGAUCAAACAAGUAAUGGAGCUUCACAGAGGUAUUCGUUGGUUCCACAUAGGAUGUGAUGAGGUAUAUUACCUUGGUGAAGGGGAGAUGUCUAAACAGUGGCUGCAGCAGGAACAGAACAAUAUGGUAAAACUGUGUCUGACCCAAAUGAAAGCAGUUGCGAGCCAUGUGCUCAUCCAUCACCCCAAUGUGAAGCCCAUUGUAUGGGAUGACAUGCUCAGGGGUAUUAGUGAAGAAUAUCUCACAGAAUCUGGAAUAGCACAGCUGGUGGAACCAAUGAUCUGGGACUACGUUGAAGAUAUGGAUGUACAUGUAAAGGUUCUCCUCAUGGAUAAGUACAGGAAAUGUGGUUUCCCUAAACUGUGGGUAGCCAGUGCUUUUAAAGGUGCCACAGGGGUGAAUCAGUCUUUGACUAUUAUUGGCCAUCAUCUCAAAAAUAACAUCCAGUGGUUAAAAGUGGCAGACAGUGGACCUGCUGAGAUGCUGCAAGGAAUCGUUCUAACUGGUUGGCAAAGAUAUGACCACUUCUCUGUUCUCUGUGAGCUGCUCCCUAUGGGAAUCCCAUCCCUAGCAGUAUGUCUGCAGACACUCAAACACGGAGGAUAUACUGACAAUGUGAAAAAAAUAGUGGAGAAAUACCUAGGGAUGUCAAAUUUGGAAAUCAACAAUUUUAUGAGUGAAAGCUCUGGGACUUUCCCUGGCAGUGAUGUCUUCUCCCUGGUCACUCAGGUCAGCUUUCACCUAAGGCGUUCGGUGGAUGAAUUGCUAGAAAGAAACAGGUAUGUGACAGGCUGGUUCAGCCCUUAUCACCGCAAGAGGAAAAUGAUUCACCCAGUUAUGAUCCAGCACAUCCAACCAGAUGCCAUCAGCCUCCUAACCAGAUGGAAUGCCAUCAUCCAGGAGUUGCAGGCAGCACUUGAAAGAAUUUUCUACCCAGAUGCAGUAGAGGAGUGGCUGGAAGAAAAUACAUAUCCCACCAUCCAGAAGCUACAGCAGUUGUUGCAAGAUCUGGAUGCAGCAAUAGCAGCUCAAUCUUAACACUUUUGACAUGAAAGUAGCCCAUCUUAUAUGGAAGGCUUACCUACUGCUAACCCAGUGGAGAUUUUUACAGAUGGCCAAGGACAGUCACUUACUGAGGGGAGGACAGGGUUGAGAGGGUUCCUAUGGGUUUGAUCGAAAAAUCUGAUGCUAGGUCAAAAUCUGAAAAGAUACAUUGAGGUAAAAGCCAUUACCAUGAGAGGAUGAA